UGUUUUGUUUUUAUGUUUUUUUUUGUUUUAAAAUGAACAAGCUGUACAUCGGAAACCUCAGCGAGAACGUCAGCCCUCCGGAUUUAGAAAGUCUCUUCAAGGAGUCGAAGAUCCCUUUCACCGGUCAGUUUCUGGUCAAGACUGGAUACGCGUUUGUGGACUGCCCGGAUGAGAACUGGGCGAUGAAGGCCAUCGAUGCCCUCUCAGGGAAAGUGGAGCUGCAUGGCAAAGUUAUAGAAGUUGAGCAUUCAGUCCCCAAAAGGCAGAGGAGUCGGAAGCUACAGAUCCGAAAUAUACCACCUCAUCUGCAGUGGGAGGUACUGGACAGUCUUCUAGCACAAUAUGGAACAGUGGAAAACUGUGAGCAAGUGAACACUGACACGGAGACUGCAGUAGUGAAUGUAACAUAUGCCAAUAAAGAACACGCUAGACAGGGGCUUGAAAAACUGAACGGAUAUCAGCUUGAAAACUAUUCCCUUAAAGUGACUUAUAUUCCUGAUGAGAUGGCUGCCCAACAAUCACCCUCCCAGCAGCUACAGCCUCAGCCGCAGCAGCAGCAUCCUCAAGGGAGACGUGGGUUUGGCCAAAGGGGACCACCAAGGCAGGGUUCUCCUGGGGCUACUGCAAGACCUAAACCCCAGUCUGAGGUACCACUGCGCAUGCUGGUUCCUACACAAUUCGUAGGAGCCAUUAUUGGAAAGGAGGGUGCCACCAUCAGAAACAUUACUAAACAGACACAGUCAAAAAUUGAUAUUCACCGUAAAGAAAACGCUGGAGCUGCAGAGAAACCAAUUACUAUUCACUCAACUCCCGAAGGCUGUUCAACAGCUUGUAAAAUAAUUAUGGAAAUCAUGCAGAAGGAAGCUCAGGAUACCAAAUUCACUGAAGAGAUCCCCCUAAAGAUUCUAGCACAUAACAAUUUCGUUGGCCGUCUCAUCGGCAAAGAAGGAAGAAACCUGAAGAAAAUUGAGCAGGACACCGAUACAAAAAUCACAAUUUCUCCACUGCAGGACUUGACACUAUAUAAUCCUGAGCGGACUAUUACAGUAAAAGGCAGCAUUGAGGCAUGUGCCAAAGCCGAGGAAGAAAUAAUGAAAAAAAUCAGGGAGUCCUACGAAAAUGAUAUUGCAGCUAUGAAUCUACAAGCUCACUUGAUCCCUGGAUUAAACCUGAAUGCAUUGGGUCUCUUCCCGCCUUCCUCUUCAGGCAUGCCACCUCCAUCUGUCGGAGUGUCUUCACCGACCAGCUCUGCUGCUUAUCCUCCAUUUUCUGUAAGGAUUGUAUCGGAAUCUGAAACCGUUCAUCUAUUCAUCCCAGCAUUAGCUGUUGGUGCCAUUAUUGGCAAACAAGGACAACACAUCAAACAACUUUCACGUUUUGCUGGAGCUUCUAUCAAGAUUGCUCCAGCAGAGGGGCCAGAGGCCAAACUGAGGAUGGUGAUCAUCACUGGACCACCAGAAGCCCAAUUUAAAGCUCAAGGAAGAAUCUACGGUAAACUUAAAGAAGAAAACUUCUUUGGACCCAAGGAAGAAGUAAAACUCGAGGCUCAUAUUAAAGUGCCAUCAUAUGCCGCUGGACGUGUUAUUGGCAAAGGAGGCAAAACUGUCAAUGAGCUUCAGAAUCUUACAAGUGCAGAGGUUGUUGUGCCCCGCGAUCAAACCCCAGAUGAAAAUGAUCAAGUGGUUGUUAAAAUAACAGGUCACUUUUAUGCAAGCCAGCUUGCACAGAGGAAAAUUCAGGAAAUACUGGCUCAGGUAAGAAGACAGCAGCAGCAACAGCAGAAGACAGCGCAAAGUGGACAGCCCCAACCGAGACGAAAAUAAAGGUUCAGGAGAAUGACCCUUCACAGAGACAGAUGCCAGACCAAAGACAGUCUGCGUAAUUGACAGGCAUCCCACACCUGUCAAUGCUAAGUGGUUACAAAAUACCAUAUAGCGUGUCACCUGUUUGAGGACCAGGCAACAUUAAAACUGUCUCUGAGAAUGUAUUAUUUAGGCUCUCAAACUUUUGAAACCCAGCUUUAAAAACAAAAAAGAAAAAAAAAUGGAAAAAGAAAAGCGAAAAAAAAAAGGACCCCUUCACUUCCCUUUUGAUCUAUUCUCACAAGUUAACAUAAACCUUGUUAGUCUUUUUUUAUUGUUCUUAUUCCCCCAACAAUUUUAGAACUUUGUUUAAUGAAGCUUUCUCUUAUGAGUUCUCUGGUUCAAAAAGAAAAGGCAUUGCUCUUUAUACGUCCAGUUGUAUUAAAAAAAAAAGAAAAAAAAAAAGAAACUAUUAGAGGGUGGGAUUAUU